UCUUCAAUAAUCGUCGCCUUCAGCAACGAGACACGAUAAACCCAGUGGGGAUUACUCGAUCACUUGACCGAUCAAUCAUGAAGUACUUUGUGGUGUGCAUGGCAAUCUUGGCUCUGGCUGCAGCUCAGCCAGCAAAGCCAGAGGCUUGGAAGGGUAACAACAUGGAUUCGAUUAUGGAACAAACCAAAAGCGAGUGCGCCCAGAAGAAUGAUGAAAUGGCUUGCAUGAAGUUCAAGGUCCUCAACUUGCUGGAUCAGAUCUUCCGUAAGGACAACUUCAAGGUAUCCGACAGCGUUGAAGUCACCCGAAACUCCCAACCUGUCGAAGAGACAGACGCCCGCAGCGAGGCUUCCUUCCUGGAUACCGUCCAGAACUACCUGAUCUCUCACGACGUCACCUUCAAGCUCCCCCUGGAAUCAGCUGUCAAAGUGAGUGCAAGAAAUAUCGAGGACGAUCAGAUCUCAUUCAACGUCAAGUUCGGCCAGGGACGCGCUGUCGAGGAGGCACGUAAAUCCAAACUCAAGAAGGUCAUCAUCCCCAUCCUCGUGUUCGUCCUGCUGAAGGCGAUGACCCUCAUCCCCCUCGCUAUCGGUGUUCUUGGGCUCAAGGCCUGGAAUGCCCUUCAGCUCUCAUUCUUCAGUUUCGUCGUCUCUGUGGGUCUUGCCAUCUUCCAGCUCUGCAAGAAAAUCGCUGCUGACAGUCAUGCUGCACCGAUUGCUGCUCAUGGUCCUUGGGAAUAUCAAGCUGCACAGUACAGAUCCUUCCAGGAUGUGCAGCCUGUCGCAAGUGCUCAGCGCAUGGCUUACUCAGCUUAUGCACCAGCAGAAUAGGCUCUCAAUUUAUUAAAACACUCGGUCCUACGAUAUUCUGACUAGAGACACUUUUGUAAAAUAAUUUCCGCUUAUGUAUUAUUUAAUAAAUUAUUGCUGCAUUCUUAA